GUUUGACAGUUUUGUAACAACUCGAUACUAUAAAAGAUGAAUCGCACGCGAUUACAAUGCGAGUUGUAAUUUAAGUGUACGAAUAUAAAAUGCAAACUGAAGCGUCUACAUUGCCAGUAGUACAGCUUAAUGCGCAUAAAAAAUCUGAUAGAAUAUCAAAGUGUAAUUCAAAAAACUCAACUCUGGAAUCUAAAAAGCUCUCCUCUUGCGGAAAUACAUUAUUUACAUCGAACAAAAAAUGCUUAAAACCUCUGCUCGGUUUGUAUAAAAAGUUAGUAGAAUACAGUCAUUAUUUCAUAAUGUUAUAUAAUGUAUAUUUAUGUAUAGGUGGACCAUAUAAAAGCAGUAUCAAACAGCAAUCGCUAUCAGAUGAAUCAAAAUCUAGUAACAAAAGUUUUCUUGGGCAAAGGGUAAUGUCGGCAAAAAUACUUCGUUUCAAACAAUUACAAAACCAGUUAGCCGAUGCACAUUACCAUCUGAAUGAACUUGCGAAUGAAAACAGAUUACUCAAAGCAUUGCAGAAGAGACAAGAUUCUGCACUGAGACGUUAUGAAGGAACGAAUGCAGAACUACCAAGACUUAUAAAUUCACAUCAUGAAGAGUUAAGAAUACUUCAAACAAAAUAUAAAAAAUUGAAAGAAUUGCACAAGGAUACAUGUAACUUGCUAAAAGAGAAAGAAAAUGAACUUUAUACUGUGAAUUCGCAAAAUAAACAUCUACUACAGCUCAGUAAAGAUCGAAAUCUCGGAGAAAGAGAAAAAUUGCAGUUGCAAGUAUCUGACUUGAAUCAUGAAAUACAACAGCAACAGGAAACCAUACAGUUAUUACACAGGAAGCUGGCACUUGAAACCAAGAGUUUGAAGCAUCAAUUACAUGUUGAGAUUUUUAAACACAAAGAGACACAGAAGAAUUUGCAAGAAACAAUAGAGAAAUUGAAAACUUUAGAAUGUUUAUUAGACAAUAGAGAAAAGAGAUUAUAUUAUAAUGGCCAGUUGCCAAUUUAUAACAAAGAGAAGAAUCUAGGUAGUCAUUCUUCCACAAAUCUUAGUGAUAUCAGUGCCUCCAAUGGAGUUAAAGUACUAGGCAGAAAUAAAAGAAGUGAAAAUGGCACACCAAAGGACAAUCUACCACUACUUGAUACCCUGGAAUCUAAUGAUGAUGAAAAAGUAUCAAAAACAUAUAAUGUUAACCACUCGAGAAAUCAACUAAAAUCAGAGACAAUGGCGAGCCUGCAUCAGAUACGAAAAUUUCGACUACAAAAGACACCACACAUGCAUAAGCAUGCUCAUUCUAUGAGUGAUUUGAGGUCCAGAUUUAAGGAUCCAGAAAUAGAGGUAUUAGACAAUGAGAAGGUGACAAUGUAUCAAGAUGCAGCAGUAGACUUUCAGUCAAUGCCAAAAAGAAAUAGCUGUAGUAAUGAUAAAAACGAAAGUAGCAGAUUGAGGAAAUUAUUUAAUAGAAUGAAAAGUCAAACUUCGCAAAAUUUACAAAAAGAAAUAGAGCUUGAAUCCGACUAUUCAUCUGAUAACGCAGAAAGUGAUAAUGCCAACGAACAUAAUAUCGAAUAUUAUUCUACGGAUAGUGCACAAAAAUCUAGAGAAUUACAUGCAAGAUUAAUUAACGGUACAGAUGAUACGUACGGUACGUCCGAUACUUUGGAUGGUAUAAUGGAAAGAAUAGAUAACCAUUACAGCGACAAUGAAGAAGAAAAAGAAUUAAGCAUAUGUCUGGUGAAAAAUUUAGCGUUUCAGAAACGCAAGUACAAGAGCAAAUCAGAUAUAUCGCAGCAUCAUAAACCUAAAGAAUUUGACGACAGCGACUCUGAAGUUGAUUCUAAGGAAAAAAUAGAUGGAAAUGAAAAUUAUUCUCCUAGAGAAUAUAAAGCCAAUUUGUCUAAAUAUGGUAAAAAACAAUUCUCGAAAUUUUCUAAUAGUACCACUCAUCUAGAAUACAUGGCUUCGGAAAUCAAAGAACCAUCCGAGUCAAAAAAUGCAGAGUUACAGAUGAUACCUAGCGACGCUUUGGACGACACCUACACGACAAAUGUAAAGAUUCGUGCGCAGACCUCCGAAGAAACAUCAGAAAAACAAUUUUCGGAAAUUAACGAUGUAGAUAACUCCUUCACGGAUAUCAGAAAAGAAGAAUAUAAGAAAGAAAAAGAGGAGAAAUAUACAGAAAAGAAACCAAUAUAUACUGAUGUAUCACAUGAUAAUGUUUACCAUAAUAUAUUUAAAUUAAAUAAUGCAUACGAAGAAAUUAAAAGUUUGUCAAGUCCAGAAAGAGAAACUCAAAAUAGCUUACAGCAAAUGCAUGAGGAGUACAAAACGAGAAUAAUAAGCUCCACAGAGGCAGAAUAUGUAAAAACUGAAGAUUCUAAAACAAUGUCUGAUGAGGACAAAGACACACUAAAUCAUUCCGAAGAAGAUUCCAUGCAUAAUUUAGUGAAAGAAUAUCGUAGACUUCAAGUAGGAGAAACAUCAAAUAUGAGAAAUCAUAAUGAUGAAGAAGAAACAUUAAAAACAAAUGAUUUAAAUGUAGAAACAAAGAAUAGAUUGAAUGCUACAUUAGAGGCAGAGAAUGUUAAUGCAUCAUCUGAUAAUGUGUAUAUGCCACAUCAAACUGAACAGGCUAGCAACUUAAGAACUGAAGCAAUGGAAGCAAAGCAAACAACUGACACAAAGAAAAAGAUUAUCAAUUAUAAUAAAGAGAAGUUGUUAGCUACAAUGAAAGCUAUUGAUGAUAAUGAAAAUAUUGAGUUUCUGAAUCAGGGAUUCAAGAAUCAUAACAUGGUGAGCAGAAUGCAAAUAACACAGAACCUUUAUCGAGGUAUACCUACGCACUCAAAGCCAAAACAAGAUGUAAUUAAAGAUAUAUUUGAAGACAACCAUAUAGAAAAUAAAGUCAGAGGCACUUGCAGUAAAUCCCAUUAAGAACUUUGGGACAACUAUACUGAAUAGUAAAUAGUAUAAAAUAUGCUUUCUACUUAAGUUCCUCAAUUCUAUUAAACUUUUAAUGCGAAUACAACUAAAAAAUGAAAUAUUCAAAAGGAGAAAAUGCGCGUGCAUUAUAUUUUUCUAGUGUACUGCAGUUUUUAUCAAUUUAUCAAAGUACACACACACACACACACACACACCAUUGAAUAUUAUUAGAUAUA